AUGGAACCUGGAAGCGGAGUGUUUGUACUGAAAGAUCAUAUUCCAAAAGACCAGUAUGAUGACAUAGUCAAACGAAGAGCUGAGGAGUACAGGAAGCAUCAUAUCAGGUCAAGCUCCAGUCUGAACAGGCUUAUCUUUGCUCCAUCCAACUCCCCUCUUCAGUAUCCAAUCCAGGGGUUCACUGUCGCCCCACUUCGGAAGACAUUGAUACCAGGUUUAGCUCUCCAUGCAGCAAAAAGACAAAAUUACAAGGUGACUCUGAGUGUGUCCAGUGGUGUCCUGGCCAUCGAGGCCCUUGGAGAGGGGGACAACGAGGGAGAGAAAGAGAUCACUGUCCAGUCUACCAGCCUAUCUGACCUCAACAAUCUUCUGGGACAAAUUACCUACACCAGCACUGUGUACCGAAUGAGGACUGGAGAUCUGGCUCACUUCACGUUUGAACACCAUGAGGCUGUCUUCCCCAUUGUCAUCCAGCAGACAUCAGUGCCUGUUUUAUAUGACAUAGGAAAUGAUAUCAACUACCGGGUGACCAUCAUCACCAAGACGUUUCUGAGAUACACCGAGCUGCACGCCCUCAUCAGUAGCAUAAGGACCUAUUACAAGGACAUCAAAAUUAUCAUUGCCGACGACAGCCUGGAGCCACAGAAAGUGAACGGCUCCAACAUUGAGCAGUACAUCAUGCCCCCAGCACAGGGCUGGUUUGCUGGCAGGAACCUGGCUGUCUCUCAGGUCACUACCAAAUACUUCCUCUGGGUUGAUGACGACUUCCUGUUCACAGACAAAACCAAGAUUGAGAAUCUGGUGGAGGUGAUGGAGGCCACACCAGAACUAGAUGUGGUGGGCGGCUCUGUGGCGGGUCACGGCCAGUUCCACUUCUCUUUGGUGUACGAGGAUGGUAAUGGGGAGGACGGGGGUUGUCUGAACAGAAAGGGUGCAGUGACAUACCAACCUGUUCCAGGGUUCCCCACUUGCUCCUUCACCAGCGGGGUGGUCAACUUAUUCCUUGGUCGCACAGAUGCUGUGCGCAAAGUGGGCUUUGACCCCCUGCUGAAGAGAGUGGCGCAUUCAGAGUUCUUCAUGGAUGGGUUGGGCAGUUUGCUGGUUGCCAGCUGUAGUCAUGUCAGCAUCGACCACCAACUCAAAAUUGAAAACCCAAAGUACUCGUCGUUCCGAAAUCAACAAUCAAAAGACGUGGAAGACAAACUAGCCCACCACUUCUUCAAGAACCACCUGAAAUGUAUCCAUUAUGGAUAGUUUACAAAGAAGUUAACAGUGAAAAUAGUGGCGCAAUAGUGAGGCGCAAUAGUCAAAUAUGUAGUCGCGGCAUCCCAUCUGUAGUGGCGCAGUUCUCUUCAAAAAAUGUAAAGCCACAGGUAUCUACAGGAAGCAAAUGAGUAUGAGGUGAUCGUCGGUUUGGAAAAUGUAACCGAUAUGGCUUUCACUCAUAUCAAUCACACCAUUAAAACAAUCAGGCGCAUCACAAAGAAUGACCGAUGGUUUUGUCAUUAUAGCCCAAACUUGA